CCGGAAGUGUCUGAGGGUCGGGUGAGCCGGAGCCUAUGCGAACGACAGACUCUCGUGGAGAAUUGAUGACCCCAUUUUGGAAUGGAACUAAGAAUUUUCCACUGGACUGUUAACUAAUGGUGACCUAAAACAAUCAGAGAUGGCACAACCUGCUGAUAUCCAAGAGGGGCCAGUGGACAUCAUUCAGAACUCACAGAAUGUCCCUUUUGAGAGCCCUUGGCCUACAUGUAAAACAGCUGUUUCUUCAGUGGGAGGUCCUCUGUUGAAGAUGAGCUUAGAGAAGAGGCUGAAUUCUCAGUGGCAGCAGCACUUUACAUUGGUAGAGGUGUUGCAGACCACAAUGCAAUCUGAAACACUCUCUUAGUAUAACCAAAGCACUCAACACCUGAUGCCUCUGGAUAGUUAACGUUAUUGAGAGCCAAAGAAAACUCUGGAAAGGUUUAUGUAGAUAUCUCUCACAACACUGGAUGUUGUAUUUCCAGAUUUAGUGAUGUAAACAUUGAUGUUAGGGGGCAGCUGAAGUUCUGAGCUGUAAUAUUAGCUUUACAUAAAGCAAAGAAAGUCAAGAUAAGGUCCCCAAACACAACAUCGUGUUCUAGCUUUUUGAAAUGGAACCCAUGAAUUCCCUGGCAAAAAUAAGCGGUCCAGCUAUCCAAAAGACGGGAAUGGAAGAGGGUUUUUCUCCUAACUUGGUAAAGCCACCGGUGUCUGGGCCGAUACUGUCAACCCAAGGAAUGAGAUCUUCCAGUGACAGUAAGCUUAUUGAUGUCAAUCUUUCCAUGCAUAUUAAAGAGGAGAAGGAGGAACUGAUGGUGGGAUUUGAUGACACUCUUGUAACAAGCACUCAGGAAUUGGACAAAAAGGUUAAAAUUGAACCGGUGACAAGGGAAAACCUCAUGGCUGGAACUGGAGAUCAAAAGAAUCUGGCAAGUGAGACAGACAAGGAGGUGUCUCAUCUGUUUAUUGGGAAAGGGGGAGAUAUUUGCUUUAAGGUUGAGGAUGGAAACAUUGUCAAAGAAAACCCGUUUGAAGAAACUAUGGAGGCCCUUGACUUGAGCUUACCUAAAAAGAGAGACCGGAGUUUCAGAAGUAGAUGUGUAUGGAUCACAGGGGACGAUGCCGCCAACGAGAGCUCAUUAGUAAUGGAGGUAGAUGAGAUCGAAGAUGUAAGGACAGAGCCAGAGGUGGAGGAAGAUGACUACCCUACCUGUGAGCUCAGGGAAAUGCAAUGGGGAAACUUCCAAGUCACGGAUCUUGCCUCCCUCUCAGCUCCUCAGGACGAAGCCAAGGCUGAGGAUAUGCUCCUUAUCGAUAUCGAAGGCGUCCCGUACACGCUCACACCAGAUGGGACUAAAGUUCCCCAGAUGGACCCUGAGGAGCAGGCGGAUCAACCAGACUCCACAUUAACAGCUGAGCAGGACCAGCCCUGCUCCUCGUUGACACUGACAGAAGCGGUGCAGUCUGAGCAGAAUUUGUCACACAGCUCAGUCCUCUCCAAUAACUUGUCAUGCACAACACUGGCCACCUCAGCCAGUUUUCAACAUAUAGCCGUAAAAUCCAGUCCAGUCAUUUCUAACUUGUCUCAACUGUCUAUGUUACCUGCAUUGUCCAGUCUAUCUUCGCAGCCCAUUCAGGUCAUAGCAAACAGCACAUCCAAUACACCCAUUCUGCUCCUCCCCUCCUCCCAGCUACAGACGGCUUCCUCUUCCACCUCAGGCGAGGCAAACGCAGGGUUAAUGGCACUUUCCCUCCCUCUGACUCUUGCUCAAAAUGCUCAGUCGUCACCCAUGUUUCUUGUUCUGUCAUCGUUGCCUGUGUCCUCUACUCAGACCUCUGUCAGCCAGCUUCCUGUCCUCAAUGCCUCCUCAGGCCAGCUUUCACAAAUCUCAUCCGUGUCCUCUGUUGCACUUCCACUAACCGCAAGCUUGCCAAGUGUAAGAUCGGCCGUUAUGGCGUCCAAUACUCCUGUUGUCAACCUCUUAGUGUCCGAGUCGCAGUGUUCCACUGUUUCAGGAUCAAAUAAGCUAGCUAGUCCUUCCCCUGUACCUGUCUCUGUUUUGCCUGCUGGUGCAAGUAAUGUUAGUUCAACAAGUCACAGCAGACAUUUCGACUCUGACAAGUCAGACAGCUGGACACCCAAGUCUUUCCGCGAGGCCCUGCUCAGGCCGACUUACUCUCCGGAAAACAGAACAGUACAUCCCCCUGAUACCCAAUCAAAAAGCCCUGAGGUGCCAGCCACCUCCUCCCCAUCAUCUAGCAACCCAGGACCUACUUCUCCUCUGGUGACUUCUGACCUCUCUGAGGAAACCAAGAGUCCCAAAGGCAAACUUUUACCAAAACCGGAGCCAGAACCUGUGCCCAUCUCCGAAAAUGCAUCAGACUCGGUAUCCUCACAGGAUGAGCAGCUAGUCUCCUCUUCAUCGCCAACACCCCCCAUCUCUCCUUCCAUUGUUGCCAUGUACGCCGCCAACCAGCCUGUUGUCUCCCCGUCAUCUCCCUCCAGUGGCACCCGGCGUGUCCUUUACUGCCACUACUGUCCACGGAUCUUCUACUACCUGUCUGACCUGGAGCGCCACUCCAUCACGCACUCCCAGAGCAAGCCGCACGUGUGCCCGCUGUGCGGCAAGGCCUUCAAGCGCUCCAGCCACCUGGAGAGGCACAAGCACAUCCACACGGGCCAGCGCAACUUUGUGUGCUCCAUCUGCUCCAAGCGCUUCCGGGAGGCCGGCGAGCUGCUCCGCCAUCAGCGCGUGCACACGGGCGAGAAGCCCUUCCAGUGCUCGCUGUGCCACAUGCGCUUUGCCGAGCGCAACACGCUGCGGCGCCACACCAAGCGCAAGCACCAGGGCCGCGAGCACGAGGCCAUGGAGGUGGACGGCAGGCGCGGGGGGACGGCCUCGCAAGCGCUGGUGCUCGUGCAGCAGGAGGAGAGCGCCGAGUGGUACAGCUCCACCGUACCAGAGCAGGACUCCGACUCCGAACUCGACGGAGAUGGAGACGGAGACGGAGAUGAUGGUGAUGGUGACGGUGACGGUGAUGGUGACGGUGAUGGUGAUGGUGACGGUGACGGUGAUGGUGACGGUGAUGGAGAUGGUGACGGUGACGGUGACGGUGACGGUGACGGUGACGGUUAUGGAGAUGGUGAUGGAGACGUAGAUGGAGAUGGAGACGGAGAUGGAGAGUGACACAGAAAGUGCUGGCGUCUGUUGGCUUUGCAGCAGGACUGCUUUUUCCCCUCAUGGUCUGAUUAUCAUUUCUGAAAUGGACAGACCCUAAACUGAGUGCAGUGUGAAAUUAUGUCUUUUGGCAGAAUAUUAAGCAGGAUAUUCCAAACUAUUUUUGACUGUUUUGCCCUUUUGGCUGCAGAGACAUCAUUUUUAGUUGUUUUCUUUUUGAUUGCUGCAAUUAUACGCUCUGUAAGGAUGAAAUGAUCUGUUUUCAUUUAAAUUUGAAUUUAUUUGUAUAUUUAUAAAACUGUGCUGCCUGUUUGUGUGAAUGCAAAUUCAUUUGUUUUAUACACUUUAUAUUUUGUUGUAAUAUCAUGAUGCACUAUUAGAUCAUGCCUUCUUAAUUGGAUGUGCUAAAUCCUCUUCUUUGCUGUUACAUGUGAGGUGCAUGUUAAAUCUGAACAUCUGUUGCUGACAGAUGACAGUGACACAUAGGACCUUGAAGAUCUUUAAAAAAAAAAAAGUUUAUAAGUAAAGUGUAAAGAAUUAUGUUAUAUCAAGAAUAAUUAGUAAACUCAACUGUAUUUACUUUGUAAAUGUAGUUGUACUUUGCACCGUGUGUUCUCAGACAGGGGCAAAGAGAUGCUGUAAGCCUCACUGAUUUCUGUCUUUGUUUUCUUGAAAUCCCUCACUAAGCCUUGGCAUAAUGCAAUUCAAAUAUCCAAAUAAAUUACUGUGUUAAUAGCAAGGUAUUAGCCCUUGGGAAAUUGACAUGGGUCAAUUAGUUACCUAGCCCAGAUCAGAUAUGUCCUGUGUAAUUAUGAGAGUGAAUAUUUGCACUGUGCGAUUAUGCUUUGCUUGUUAACCCCUGUGUUUCACUCAGCCGCUCUCUUGUAAUUAUCUGGCCAAUUGAGCACAUCGCAGCUCUGCUGCACAGCCACAGCCACAGCCACAGCCACACACACAGAGACGUGGUGCUGCUCGCUCCAAGAUAGCGCUGCACUGGCUUAAUUGGGUCCACUUCAUGGUGUGUCAUCCCAUAGUUUCUGGCCCUUUAUUUUGUAAUUAAUGAGUGUCAAAAUAAUUGUGUUUUAUAUUUGGUAAUGAUUUACUCUUAUAAUAAAGAGAUUUGAAAACACACAUAAUUAACCAUCCAGGGAAAACGACACUGAAAAAGCAUUGUUUACUGGGCCAUUACAAUGAAGAUUCCAUUCACAAGGUCAUGUAUUAAUGGCCACACUACCAAGAGAUUUGGAAACAACCAGUGUAAGUCACCCUGCCUUUUUUCUGUGUUCAGUUACUUACUUCCUAUAGGGAUGCCAUUGGAAAAGGAUGUCCAUUUUAAAGUAGCCUAUUUUUGACCAAGUCACCAACAUUAUUGCAUAUUAGAUACAACGUGAUUUUGU